AUGUCAGCCGUCGCACCCAGGCCCAAUUCGGUCGCCAACUCCUUCUACGAAUCCGACGCUCGCCCCAGCUUCGAUGCUUCACGUCCACGCGAGUCUCUAGGCAAGAACUCCGGCCUGAUCCGCGCCAUCGGCCGAGAGCGAGAGGGUCUCGCCCCUUCCUACCGUCCCCCAAGCACAUGGACCCAGCGCUCCAGUCACCACGACGUCGUCUGGGCCGGCGAGCACGACAGUACCCUCGACCACCCCAACGACGACCAGUUCUCGGACGCCGAAAGCUGGGACGGCGAGACGCAAGCAAGCUCGCACGCCGCCACAAUCGGCGAACACGACGCAACAACCAGCGUCUAUGGCCACGUACGCCCCACCAGCAUCGGCAGCUCCAUCUUUGCCGGCCGCGGCGCGAAAUCCGAACGCAGGCGCAAAGAGGCUCCUCCACCCCUCCCUACCCUGCCACUCUCCGCUCAGCAUCAGCAUGCCAACCUCGCCUUUGGAGCAGACGCCGCCGGCCUGCUCAGCCCAUCCGCACAGAGCAUGCUCACGCCUCGGAGCGAUGCAAGUGGCUUCGAAGACACCAGCCAGUACAGCCCCAGCGUCCAUCAAGACCCCUUUGAAGCUGACGAGCUUUCUCACGGAUUCGACCUGCAGAAUGGCCAUAAGCGCACCCGCGCCCCGCAGCCAGCCGCUCAGAACGGCCAUGCAGAAGACCCAACCGCGACACAGCCAGUGCCUAACCGUGCCUCUUCACGCGCGCCGCCGCCCCUCCCUGUCAAGGCGGCCUCGAGAAGCAGCAACGAAUCGCUCCAUCGCGACCACUCCACCUCGGCAGACCUCACGCUGACCGACGGAACGCUUGCACUUCCCAAACGCAGUCCAGCCAGACUCGCCGAUGGCACGCUCGUGCCCAAGAUGCCCCCGGUCCCGCACACCAGCGACUUGAUGCAGCCCCGCAAGGCCAAAGCGCGUCGUGACCGCUCGCCCAUCCUCUCGUUCGACGGUGGCGCCGCAGAGGAGGAAAAGAUGCUCGUCGAGCUCCAAGACAGGCUCGCCAACGACGUCCGUCGCAUCAGCACGCUUGGGCCCAAGGUCAAGAAGAACGCUCCGGCUCCCUGGGAGCUUGGCGGUGACGAUGCAGUCACUGCAGCAGGACGACCGUCGCUGCGUGAAACGCUCCGCCCGAGUGCUGAGACGUUCGAGAAGCCCUUCUCCAGGUUCAAGACCAGACCCUCGGUAGAUCAUGCCCACUCCGGAGGUCGAAGCCCGAACACGGCCCACGCUCCGUCUACCCUUGCUCACAGCUCGAGCAAUGCCGACUCGCUCGAACAGGAGGCCAAGAAGGAAGAUGACGCCCAGUCGCUCUUCGCCACCCAGCGCUCGCGCUCCAAGAGCGUCUCGAGCAGCGCCGUCGGCAUGCUCAAAGGCCUCGGUCUCGCUGCGGCUGCCGCGCCCGCCUCCAAAAAGGGCAAGCUCACCAAGGCGUUGCGCCUCGUCGGUGGAGGAGGCUCUUCUGCCAACGACGAGCGUCGCCCUGCCUAUCCCGGCUCGGGCCCGUUCUCGGAGCACCCAGCAGGCGCCAACGUCAAUGCCUCUGGUGGUCAGCACGCAUCUUCGCUGGGCCUCGCCAAGCCGCAGGCGCUUGGCGAAUUGCCGCACAGUCGCUCGUCCAGGACUCUCAACAGCAACGGCCCCAGCGCAGUGCCCAGCAAAAGCACCGCCGAUCUCGCCAACAUCAUCAUGUCGGCCAACGCAAAGUACCGAGACCAGGCAUCGUCUCCACCCAUCCCCUCUCCCAAGCAUGCCAACGGAACUCUGCCUUCCCCGCUGUUGGGCGGCGCCCGCUCGUUGGGAUACAAGAAAGACACCCUGAGUCCGAUCCCGGGCAAUUCGUUCCUGACCGAGCACCGUCGUGGCUCGGGCUCUCUGGAGCAGACCAGGUCGCGCACGCCGCCAUCGCGCGACGCGAGUUCAAGGCAGCCGUCCGAGGCGAACAGCGACGUGGUCAUGGCGCGCAACAGCAGCAUCGAGAGCGAAGGCGCAUUUGCUUCGACCGUACCCGAGGGAGAGUCAACUCCCGUCGGCAAAGCGGCGGCAGCAGAGGUGUCUGCGGCUCGCGGCGCACCGGGCUCGCCUGUGGGCCCCAACGGCGGAGUGCUUUCUGCUUCGUCUAGCCAGACCUCGGGGAGCCUGCCACUGCCAGGCAACAUCGAAGGCGUGCCUUACAAGCUCAUUUCGCUCGAACAGGCCCGCGAGCAGGCGAGGCAGAAGCAGUCCGAGUGGCUCGCAUCGUCUGGCGCGGUAGGAGCGGGCAGGAACGCGGCCGAGUCCAUCCACGACGAGCACGCAAUGCACAGGGAUCCCUCGAGCGACGGACAGACCAACUCGCGCAUCCUCAAGAACAAGAAGAGCGGCUUCCUCAUGCGCAAGCUCAAGAAGGAGAAGGGCGUGAGCAUCGACCUCGACGGCGUUUCGACCUUCCCUCCUAGCGGCAGCAGCAGGGAUUUGAAUGCAUCUGCCAAGUCACCCAUGCCGUCCUUCUCCGUGACUGGGCUGGACGAGGAGAACGAUGCGCUCGGGCCGCUGGGUCUGAGCGAAAAGCCGGCGCUCCAGAUCCGACCUGUCUCGUCCAUGUUCUCGGGCUUUGCCGCCGACUUCCUCGACGCCUCGGCGCUCUCCGAGGGACAUCUGCGCGAGGCGUCCAACGGCUCGUCGACCAGCUCAACCGGACUGCUGGCGCCGCACAGCCCGGCGCCUUCUUCGUUCCGAACGCCGUCGCCCGUGCUCUCUGAUUCGGGUCGAUUCGCGCCCUCCUCGACGUCGCACAAGCCGCAGCUCGCUGACAUCCGACCGCCACCGCACGGCGCCAAGCUGCCCGGGCCGGCGGUGCCCGGAUCGGCGGACAGCACCUGGAGCGGCAACGGCGGCGCCUCGGGCGCGAGUCGACUGCCGAGUCUGGAUGCUGGAGGCAGCGUGUCGGACACGCAGUCGCAGUUCCACUCGCCUGCCACGUCGCCGCUCACGCCGUCGUUCCACCACUCUGUGCACCCGCCGAGCUCGAACGCGGCGACGACGCCGUUGCUCGGAUCGAGCGAGGCCGAGACGGCGCUGUCGGCGCCCGCCAGCCCGCAGAUCCCCGAGGAGGUGCGCCAGCGCGCGCGCGAGAUCGAGGCGCAGAUCCAGGAGCUCAGCAACGAGCUGCACGAGCUGCGCGUCAAGCAUGUCGGCCACGGCACUGCGCCCGUCUUCCGGCCCAGCGAGGCGGCCGACGGCGAGCGCAAGGAGCAUUGUGCUGUGGGCGCGUGUCCGUCGUGCGGCUGCGGGUGUGCUGAGCAGAGGAGGCUGCAGAGCAUCAACGAAGCGGCGGUGCUCAAGGGCAUCAGCGUGCUCGAUCGCGGCCGUGCGCUCAAGCCGAGCCAGAACAUGGGCAACACGGGCAAGUUUGGCGGAUACACCAACCGCUGA